GUGUUUGUGUGUGUAGACCUGUGUGUGCGUUAGAGUGAUAUGACACCCAUGCCCAUGCUGAGGCUGGUUCUGCUUUGAUCAAUGGGGCCUGGCAUUGGGGAGUAGGUGGUGGUGGUGGUGAUAGGGGGGUUGUUGGUGAGUUGGGGAGGUCUGAACCUCCCACUGGUGCUGAUGAAGACGAAUGAGCUAACAAGACAUGACGGAAUUGCUUUUGCAGAAGGGGGGGCAAACGCUGUACGGUGAUAUUGUGCUGAGGCCGGCCAGAGGAACAGGUUGAUUUAUUGUCCCCGCCGCAGAUAGCCACCGUUUUACCGCCCCUCCCACCCUACUUAUUCACAGAGACCCUUCGCUCUUUAAUUACAGCCCCCAGCCUCCGCCAUUCUCUCAUCCAUGUCCUUAUUAGAGGAGUCAUACCUCACAUCAUAUAUCCAAGCUGGCAGAGGACAACAGUAUAUAUGAGACAGAGCCGAAGGGAUGGAAGGGAGGGUGUUACCUAAAAUGUCACAGCCGUGUUGAUUUUGCAUUCCAUUACCACCUUACGGUCAGGAAAACAGGUAAGAAAUACAGAGAGUGAGAAGAGUAAUGAAGCCGGGGAAGUGAAGGUCAAAGGGAGAUGCAGAAAAAAAUGAAACCGGGAACAGAUGAAAUCUAGAAGAGGAGGGAAACGGGACGAUUAAGAUAUGUACAUAAUGGAAAAGAGGGAUGGGGGGGAUGACAAAUGGAGAAACAGAGAAAUCCUCAGAGAGAGGAGGAGGGUUUAAAGACAUGUUAAAUGGUUUGGGGGGCCUGAGCAUGGCCCAACCUGAUGAAUUCAUAAGGGUCUUUGGAGGGAAGAAGAGGAAAGCAAAAUAAUAAUAAAAUGCAGAAGAGAAAAAAAAGGAAAAGUUUGAGCAUUAGCUGUGAGGGAAAGCUUGGCCAGAGGCACUCAUUGCCUUGCAGGUGAAUUACAAAUUAGUCUGUUUGUUUUGAAAUGAAUAUGGAUAAUCUAAGUUUAUAACACAAGUCUCCCCUGCACCCAAUAAGUGGACAAAUAGCUGUGCAGGUCUACAUUAGUGAUUCUCUGCAGCAAGAAAAGGCAGAAGGGAGAGAAGUAAGGCAAUGGGGGCCGGCUCGCCACAUAUAAUUUAUCACCGCGCUGCCAUUCGCUCUCUGAAAUAUCAGCCUAUUAAAACAUUCAUUGAGAUGAUUAAACUGCAAUAAAAUCUAACAAAAUUUGCACUGACACUUUCAGUGCAUGAUUUAUUAGGCCAAGGCUUUGAAUAUGCCGCUCCAGCCCUGAUACUCACACACACACUCACAAACACACACACACACAGACCUCAGACUGUGGUAAAGACCAGGAGCUGCUGCCACCUGUUGGCUGACUGUGAGCUACUAUUUAAGAGACUUUUUGCUGCACUUGUUUUCUUUCUUCUACAUCAGGUUUAAUCUCAUAAGUAUGAACAUUAACUUUACGCUGUUCCUCACUUUACAUGAGAGUUUCUUUUAUAUUUCUGAGGAAGAUUUACAGAAAAAACCUGACAUGACAAUUUCAUUCAUAUCCUUUGCUUGUAAAAGUGAAUGAAACAAUCAGGCUGAACUUGCUGUUAAAGCUACAGCGGGUAACACUCUAUUUGACACCUAUCUGUAUAAUGCAUUAUAAAUAUAUUAAUAAUGUGUUAUAAUCACGUUAAAGCACUGUAUAACUAUAGUUAUAAACACUCAAAAAAUAUUAUGAUGCUUCAUAGCAAUAAUCAUAACACAUUGUAAAGCAUUUUAUCAUGACUUACAAGGUCAGGUAUUAUAAUGUGUCAUAACUGUUAACAACAGUUGCAUUGCAUUAUCUAUGUCAGCACUGUCAGUGAGUUGUAAACAUUUAUAGCACAUUAUAGUACCUGGCCUUGUAAGUCAUGAUAAAAUGCUUUAUGAUCACUUUUGAGUGUUUAUAGUGUUCUGACGUGAUUAUAACGCAUUAUAGAGCUAGGCGUCAAGUAAAGUGUUACCCUACAGCGUGUAACUCUUUGUAAUAUCAAACAUUAACAAAACAUUAGCAUCAUAGCUUUAACCUUAUACCAUUGUAACAUAUUGUUUUCUUGGGUUUGGACACUGUCCCUGUGACAAAAUGUUCAAUACAUAGCUUUAAUUUCUAAAUGUCAGAGCUAUUCUUUAUGCAAAUUUGAACUACAAUCACUCAUUUAGUGAAACAAUUGAAAUCACUGAGAACUGUCUUGCCGUGCUACCUUCAUUAUUUUCUAUUUUACACAGCGUGAUCUAGUAACCCCACUGUGUAUUUCACUUCAUUGAAGAUAGCGAGAAGUCGGAUUGUUACAUAUCUUGUUCCCAUUUCGCUGCAUUAGCCGAGGUGAGAGUGUUUCUUGCUGAACUGCUGUUGUAUUGAUCUGUAUGGUUUAUUACAGGCUGUGUAAGUGUUAAUGCUGUCUGGGAAGAUAGGAGGAGGGGGGAUUACCUGGAAAUAGUACUAUUGAUUCAGGUCCGUCUCAGGAGAGAGCUAUAUGUUGCUCAACCCAUGAGGGGUACACAGUGUCAGCAAACAAAGACCACCUGAGAUGCGUGUUUAUGACAAGCUGCCUUUUGUCCACAGUGAUGGAUCUGCUUUGGACGUCAUAUUGCUGCUGUGGGAGGGUGUGCAGGUAAAGCUAGGGCUGUGGAGUCGAUGCUCUGACAGGCAGCAUGGGCCGAAAUUUCAAAGGAAAAAACACUUACAGCUUUUAUACGUGCAUGAUAGAAGUGUGUGUUUGGUUGUGUGUGGAGCGUUCAUGUUCUUCAUCUCUUUGAUUUUUAGUCUUGGCCAGUGAACAGACUUUUGAUACGCAAGAAUGUUUUGGUCAACUCCCAAAGGCCAGUUUUAGAUUUGAGAUACGGUUCAGUUUGGGCCAAGAGCUGAGUGAGCAAGCUGGCUCGACAUGGAUUUACUCUGUACAAGAACCGUGAACAUAACAAAGAUAUUUAUGGAGUAAAUUCCUCCAACAUUAGCAGGAAAACAGAAAUACUCAACUCCUGCAAGCUAGCUAGACCAUGCACAAUGUACUUAACUCAUAUUAUAGAAAGCAGCUCAUUCAGACAGCACUCUUCUUCAUCAUCAUUCUCCCUGUCCUCAUAGUCCUCCUUAUUUGCCGUAGCAAACUUGCCACAUGAGACAGAAUGGGCACCACUCGCCCUCUGUGUUUAUUCAUUUGGAUUAUCACAUCACAUUUCUCUGAAUGUAUGUUGAUUUUUUUUUAGAGUUUCCUUAGUCAAUCCAAAGCAUAUAAUUAGAAGCUAAGAUUGCGUUGUUGCAACCUUGGCCUUGUUGGGUGAUUUAUUAUUAUUAUUGUUAUUAUUAUUAUUAUUUUAUGUUUUCUCAUUUCUGGAAAAUAAAUAGUCUGUUGGGUUUGGGCCACAAGCCUUUUCUACAGGGGUUAAGGCUCUUUUGUGGACACAAUUGAUGAUUAGAUAAUCAGAAAAAGAGAAGCGAUGGAGUAAAAAUUAAGGAUAUUAAAAACAAAAACUAAACUUUUGUAGCAGGCUGAGGUCAAAGAAAUCUGUAGAAUUACCACAAUGAAAAAACAUUUAACAAAAGAUAAAAAACGACAGCGUGGUUACUUUGACAUUUAACAGUGCACCAUAGCAAGAUCGGCUCGACAAGAGUCGUGAGACAUCAGAAUAAAUGUGGUGAACACAAUAAUGUGCAUGAUGGUAGUAUGUAAGUAUAUUAGUAAAUUAGAAAUAAAAAAGAAUACAAAUGCAAAUAUAAAAAUGCAAUAUAUCAUACAUUUAUGUAUUCAUAUAUAAUUGUUAUGAUUGGAUUUUUGUAGAAAAAAAUGUCAAGAUUAAAAAAGCUUUUUACAUUUUUCCAAACAUGCUGUUAUUAAACUGUAUUAUCACUCAAGUGUGUUGGGCUGCCUAAGUGACUACAUGCUUGAAUAUUAUACCCCAGCACCACUAGUCCCUAAUGUUAACAGACACUGUUGGACUGAAUCUGUUUCGGCACCAUGCUUCAGUGAUAAAGGUCAUUACUCUCUAAUGAAGAAGUGAUAUCAGAGCUAUUACUGAUCACACAGGAUGGUUUUCCAAGCAGAGAGGUGCUGUGGGGAUGUGGUACCUGGGUGUUAUCUGGGUGCUCUUUGUCACCCUGCUGGUCAGUCUGUAUGUCUUGAUCAGAAGGAAAGUUAAAGGUAUGUUUAUUUCAUUUUUAAUAUAUAUUUGUUUCAUUUUUAUGUCUUUAAUGUCAUAUUUUUUAUCAAAUCAAUGUUAAAACUGACUCUACCUCUGUGAGACUUAGACUUUAACUUGCGAUCAUUUGUUGUUGACAGUUUAGUCAUAACUUUGGUUAAUUGUAAAAGUACAAAUUGACAUUUUGAGUCAAAGGGAUGACUGUGCAGUUUUACUGUAAUGGUGGGUAAAGGGGGGAGGGUCCUGUGUAUUUUAAAGCUUGCAUCACCGUGUCACCAUCCAACAGUCCAGCUUCUAUUUAGAGACAACUAGAGUCAGCUGAGCACCAGGAGCCUGUCUGACUCACUGCAGUCACGCUGACUGUUGCUUUUCACCUUCAGUCAAUUUUAAUAGGCAAGCACUUAAAAAGCACUUUUGGUUAUGUGUAUUGAUUUAGAUUUCAGGAGCCAACUAAAAGAAAGAAUAAAUGACUGUUUUUAGAGCAGCUUUUGGGGUUAAAUUCAAAAUUAGAAAGGUGAUUUAUUGGCUCCCUAAGCAGCCUGGCUCACAGGUUUUGUCUAUAUGCAACAUCAAUUACACCUAUUCUCAAGAAUACAAUAUCUGUCUUCAGUACAUAAACAUAUCUGAUGUGAAAUCAGAGUACAUUUUUAAUCUAACAGAGCUGCAAAUUGAAGGAUAACUUUAUUUAGCUACUUUAAAAUCAAGAUUUUACCAAGUGCUUUAACAAACAGGCAAGAGCAAAAGAUCUCAAGCAGAUUAAUGUCUUCUUCAUGUAGUACGCACUCCUCAGUGACCAGCCUAUCAGCUGCAGCUCAAAGCUAAAGACAUGAUAAGGCUGCUGGGUGUAAACAAACCUGCUGGUUACAGAUAGAGCCAGUUUUAUCUCUAUAACACAUUUUUGGAGUGACAGUAUGGCAGAGAGAGAAAAUCUGAGGAGUAAUGCUCGAGCAUGCCGUCUUUUGUAGAGAAGGUCUAUCAGGUGAGUGAGAUACUGCUUCAUAUGGAUUACCAUGAUUCUCUCUCCUGCUGUAAAUGAUCAAGCUGUAAGAAAUGAGGUUAGAUUAUAUACUGCAAAAUAUAUUUUGGUUCUUCCUCUCCAGGUGGUGAUGAUGACCGCUCAGCACCUGAAUGCAGCAGCAAAUCAUGCUGCCCGGGAGCUGCAGAGGAGGCUGGUGAGAUAUUCUGCUGACUGUCACCAUCAUAUUGUAAUGUAAUUAAUAAAAGUACGCAAAAGAACAUGUUUAUUUCCUGCUGUAUGGAUUGGAUGGGUAGCUGCAGACUGCUGUAACUGCAAGGAGUGAUACACAGUAAACAGGAAUAUGAUUGCUACAGGAAUCCAAAGACUACGUCGGUAUCUUAAAGGUCAAACAGCUAACAGGUUAUUUCUGGUAGAGAUGUCAUAAUAAAACAAAGAUAAAUUUCAAAACACAAUGGAUAUAGUGCAUGAUUUAAAAGAGACGGUAAGGAAAGUGUACAGUGAAAUGUCUGUGAUCUAGACAUCAGGCUUUGCCUCAUUAUUCUUAGCCUGUCAGAAAAUUAUAGAGACAUUUACCAUUGACUACUUAUUUUUGGACAAGACAAAGUUCCCAAAUGUCAAUCUUAUAAACAGCGCAGGCAAGUACCAUAUAUAUCAGCAAUAGCAGUUCCUGAGCAGAAGUUUCAGUGGAUUGCAUUUAGAGUUGAAUUAAACUCCAACUUUUGUGCAGAAUUUGAAAUUUUGAAAACAUCUAAAAAGCUGAAAAACUGGAUGUAUGUGUAAAGUGGACACAUUCAGUUAUUAGGGGAUCAAUAAUUCAGUCCCAGUCAACCUUUUUGUUUCAUUAUCAUCUAGUUUUGUGAAGCAAAAAGAAAAACACAGAAAAGGGUGGUAGUUGAUCAUGGGUAAAUGCCUAUGAUGGACACUGCUUGAACGUGUGUGUGCGUGCGUGUGAGUGUGUGCCUAAAUGUGUUACAUAACUAUGUGUGUCUCUUCCUCUGCCAAGCAGAUAGUUAAGCUGCGCACCACUGCGACUGCUCUUACUUUACAUAGCAGCAGGGAGAGUUACAGGUGACAGGCGCUACGUGGUCCAGCAGUAGGUUGCAGGGAUUUUUACACUCAAGGACUCUUUCCCUCAGCCAGCUCCAGCUCCAGGACCAUGGCACAGAAGGCUCCUAUUGACCCAACAAAGAUGGGGGAGGGCCGGGCUAUUGCCGUGCUGACAUCAGGGGGUGAUGCCCAGGGUGAGUGGAUGGUCCUUGAGGGCCAUUUGAGAGUGGAAAGCUCAGCCUGGGCAUGCUGUUUGUUUAUCUGAGCAGGUGAUGAGAAGAUCUAGCAUGUGAGGAGUCACUCCUAAACAAGAUGGGUUAGACAGCAGGCUUGACGAUUAAUGUGGAUUUAUUCUACAUAAAGAAACUCAAACAUGCAGAAAUAAAGAAUUUUGAAGAUUCAUGGCUGCCUUUGAAAAACAAGCAGCUUAAGUUUAUAGAGAUCCCCAUGAUGGUGAUCUAUUAUUUGCAUUUUGACAGUUGAAGACACCAGUUUUAAAAGUUAAGAAGUUGCCUGUAAGUUGAUAGUUAAACUUUUUAAACCACCUCUCUUCAACAGAAAGAAACUCUGUUUCUGUUACUUUUUAGAAUAAUACUUUGCAGACCUCCUCACUGCAACAGCAGUAUCAGAUUUACUUUAAUCACAUGAAAGGAGUGACUGAUUUUAAAAAGCAAAGAUGAAUGUCCUUCAUGUAGAGCUGUUAUGGCUACAGAGAGAGACAGACUCUCCUCUGACCUUUAACUUGAAGAGGAAUAUCUUCACUGUGACCUUUGGGGUUUGUGACAGUGACCCCACAUGCCGCUGUAGAGAGUCACCUAUCCGUAUGUUAUCCAUACUUUUCUGCCCGCUCAGCUCUAUGGCACCUCAGUUCAAGUGUGCAAAUGAAUAAAUUUAAAAGCCUGCAGAUCCCCCAAAAAAGAUAAAUAACACUCAUUAUAAGUUUAACUUUCAGACAUCUUGAUGUCAUGAAGUCCAGGUUUCUUUUGGGCAAUACUUCCUCUUCUGUAACAGUUUAUCUGUUACGGGGGCUAAUUUUAGAGGCAUGACCUUUCAGUCAUGCCUUGGUAAAGUGGUGAAGUGAUGUGAGAGGCCUUCCUACUCAUACCAUCUGUCCUUUACUCCUUUACACUGUAAACAGAGAUGCUUUUGGCACCCUUAGAGCUAAUUUAUCCACAUCUCAUCUUUAAGGCGACCUGCUGGAUGUUGUGAAGAUGGUAUCUACUUCAGUAUCAAACUCAAGAUUACCUUGAAAAUAAUUAAAAAACAGCAAACAAAGAUGACCUUGUGACAGUUUUUUCAUUAUAAUAGAAAAAAAAAUAACUCAAACUGUUUCAUUUCUAUUUAUUUUUUCCCUCUUGUGUGUGCUCGUGUUAUCAAUAGUGUCUCAUUUGAUCUUUGAGGCGAUAAUGACCACACUGUAUCUGCAGGUAUGAACGCAGCUGUGAGGGCCACAGUUCGGGUUGGACUUUACACCGGGGCCAAGGUGUAUUUUGUCCAUGAGGUAAAUGCAAUUUUUUUUUCUGUCUUCAUUUUUCUUUGCAAAAUUCCAAUGCAAAAAAAAUGGAAAAACUGCCCUCCAUGAGUUAUAAAAGCUCAAUUAACUUAACCCCCCUCAAACAAAUAUGCACCUAAAAACAUGCAACAUGUGUUUUACGUUUUGCUUGAGAAACACUUCUGUGAUAAAUCUUUGAUAUGAUUUGUGUUUGAUGGACUUGUUUCUGUACCAUUACACACACAAACAAGAUUAAUCCACCAUAAAUAUACAGCAUUCCAAUACUGCAAACAGACACUACUUGGUGCCUAUGCUAUCCUACAGUCAUAACUCCAUUGUAUAAUUAAACAUGAGCCGUCUUCCCAGUACUGACACCUAUUAUAGAAGUUGAUAAUUAAUGUGUCUUUGUUGUUGUCAGGGUUACCAAGGCCUAGUGGAUGGAGGAGACAACAUCCGCCCAGCGACAUGGGAGAGUGUGUCAAUGAUGCUGCAGCUGGUGAGAUUAAGCACAAGAACGCAGAGGCAUAUUUUUCAGAAUGUGCUACAUGUCACUGCUGUCUUUUACAUGUGUCGGGCUGGUCACAUAUGCGGCAUGUAUAAUCUGUGUAACUCCAGGAACCCUGUAAUCUUGCAGUGCAUGUUGAUAGGUCAAAAGUCAUUUAAAUGCCAAAGUUCCAGUCAAAUAGCUAGACUUAAUAGAUCUCAUAAACACAGGCUCAGGUUUCAAACCUUACCCCUUCUCAUCUUUGCUUACGCAUGAUUUUGGUGUCUCCUUGCCUGAUAUUAGGGUGGGACUGUAAUUGGCAGUGCCCGCUGUCAGGAUUUCCGCACCGUAGAGGGGCGCACCAAAGCUGCUUGCAACUUGGUCAAGCUGGGCAUCACCAAUCUGUGUGUGAUCGGAGGUGACGGCAGUCUGACGGGUGCCAACCAGUUCAGAACAGAGUGGAGUGUGCUGCUGGCUGACCUGGUCAAAACCGGUGAGAGGCAUAUGAGAGGCCUCUCUGGCCACCCCACACAACACUCACAAUCAUACACCAUAUUAGCUGAGGUAUUACCAUAAAACCUCAGCUUUACAAUCUCAUGUCAUACUCUUUGCUUCACUCCCCUGAGUUUCCUCUCAUUCAUAUCGAUUUCCACAUUUUGCUAUAAUUCUUUCAGUUUAAAAAAGGCAGAUCAAAGUUCAGUGUAUCCUCUGUUAAAUGGCUCAGACUGAUCUUCUUUCUGAGUGUCUGAACUGUAUCUGAGAGUUUUGUUUGAACCUGCUUAGGCAAGAUCACAGAAGAUGAGGCAAAAAGCUCUUCCCAUCUCAACAUUGUCGGCAUGGUGGGCUCCAUCGACAAUGACUUCUGUGGCACCGACAUGACCAUCGGCACCGACUCUGCCCUGCAUCGCAUCAUAGAGAUAGUGGAUGCUAUCACGACCACAGCACAAAGGUAAACAUGCAACCAGUCGUAUAUUUGUUUUACUUGCAGAAAUUAUGACUUUUUUUCUGACUCUUGACAAUGACGUGUGAUUUUCAGCCACCAAAGGACCUUCAUCCUGGAGGUAAUGGGUAGACACUGUGGGUGAGUAAACUGUGUCUGUUUACAAAUAUACAUUAGCUUAUCUAUGUGGAUACAUAGUAUAACGUGCUGUUAUUUUGCAAUCAUAAAACAUCUAUGCAUAAGGUAAAUGUUUAAUCUGUUAUACUGGGAACUAGAGCAAAACAAGCAGCAGCUAAUACUUGGUAAAUGACAGGAAACGUUGGCAUGUACAAAGUGCUUAUACUUUGAUGUUCAAAUCAAGUCAUACAACAUUUCAAUUUGUUUUUUAAAUGUUAACUUUGGGAUGUAGUUCUGGAAGUUGUUGUCUUUUGGGGCACCUUUCUUCAGAGCAUAUUUAUGUGGUGCCACAAUGCCUCUGUUGACUCAGUCCCAAGCUGAUGAUGAAGAGUAUGUUUGAGUUGUCAGCUUAGACAAUGCCCAAAAUCUGUUACACAUCUUGAAAGUGGUCACCUUCGAAGUCCAUGUCAUCUUCAGCGCCACCCCAAACAGCCUGAAGGUCCCUAUGGAGGACUCCAAAUGUGUGCAAGCUGAUGUUUCUUCCAGGCUGAGAUUUUUUCAAGAGUUUGCCAUAAAGGAAGAUCUGGUUGGCUUCAAGGUCAACCUUAAAGUUCUGCUCGACUGCCUCAAUAUCUUUAGGGGAAGCACAAAGCCAGGAGUAUCAACAGUGUUGCGGACGUGCUAUAAGGGAUAUGGUUACGCUCAGACCCUAUUCCUGGAGGAAGGAGGAGAAGUGACUGUGUGCAAGAUAAACACCCAAGAACCAGAGGAGGCAAUUGACUUUGAGUUCUGCUGCAGCAAUGUUGCAGACAAGAGGAUUCUGUUGCCUGAGAAUCUGAAGGAAGCCUUCUCAGAACUGGAUAUGACCAGUGAGGUGUUGCAGCUCACCAUGUCCCCCAACCCGCCAUACUUCAGGUUAUCUACACUAGGAACCCUGGGAAUGCCCACUAUGACUUUCCUAAAGACUCUGACCUGAUGUAGCUGUUCAAAAGCACUGAAACACAAACCAACAGGUACGAGAUGUCUCUGCUGAAACCCUCCACUAAAUCGCUGGCUCUGUCUUGUAAAGUGUCAGUGAGGACAGACAGCAGGGUCUCUCUCUCUCUCUCUCUGCACUACCUGAUGGCGGUCACCUGAUGGAAUGAUGGCGGACAAAUCUGCUUUGUGAAGGACUAUUGUCGUCCUGACGAGGAGGUAGAGGAGGCGUGAAAACAGACCAUUGAAUAUACAUUUAGGAAUAAAUGCUGGACUUCACGGGCAUAAUGAACCAAUUGGAAAGGCUGUAUUGACAAUUGUUUUGUAAAAAAGAUUGGUGUGUGGAGCACUGGCUCUGGAUUUAUACAAGACAGGAAACACCUAUAUGUGGACCACUAUCAUAACAGGUUAAAAUUUCCAUGUAAAAUGUAAAAAUUGAUUGUAUGUGCAGUUACUGUAGAAUGUAUUAACCUGGACUUGAGUCAGGAGACUCUGACACAGUCCCCAACAUUAUGGGUUUAAUUACAGGGUUUGCAAAUUUGUCUGUAUCCAGCAUUCAGUGCCAUUUUUCUGGAGCAUGUCUCUCCUAUUUUAUCUAACUCAUGUAGCUGACCUUUUGAUAUUGAAAUAGUCUCCACCUAGUGUCAGUUUUGUGAAAGACACCUGAACCCCAGGUUGUGAUUCCUCUUCACAUCCAGUUACCUGGCUUUGGUGACAGCUCUGGCCUGUGGUGCUGACUGGGUGUUCAUCCCUGAGAUGCCCCCAGAUGAGGGUUGGGAGGAUCAUCUUUGCAGAAGACUAAUUGAUGUAAACAUCUCGUCCUGCAUUAUCCACAUUACUUAUUUGAAUCCAGCUUACAAACAAACAAACAUCUGCAUGUUACUUUUGUUGGUUUUCUCUUUCCUCUCAGCAAAGAGGUCGUGGGUCCCGUUUGAAUAUCAUCAUUGUUGCAGAGGGAGCCAUGGAUCGCAAUGGUAAACCUAUUACAUGUGAAGAUGUUAAACGGGUCAGUAAUGACAAUAUACCAGCAUAUAUUGGAUCUCGUAAUGAGGUAAGCUGCUUAAAAUUAUCUUUCUGUCCAGCUGGUAUCAAAGAAGCUGGGCUUUGACACCCGCACGACUGUCCUGGGCCAUGUCCAGAGAGGAGGAACACCAUCUGCCUUUGACAGAAUCCUGGUAAUGUGUGCAAAACUCGUUACAAUGUCAUGAUUGAAAUGUUAGAAGUAUUCACCUUCAGGGAUGUUCGUAUUGUGGAUAACAACUGUGAGCCUGCUUUGUAUGCUUUCAUGAACCAGGCCAGCAGGAUGGGGGUGGAAGCAGUGAUGGCUCUGUUAGAAGCUACACCCGACACUCCCGCCUGUGUGGUCAGUUUAUCUGGAAACAUGGCUGUCCGACUGCCUCUUAUGGAGUGUGUGCAAGUGGUGAGACUCUUCAUUUACAUAUAAAAAACUGUUCAUCUUUCUCCACUCUGAUCUUGAUAAGUUAAUGAACGAGACUUAAACUGCAGGCACAGUUUUUAUGGCUCUAUCAAUUUACAACAGUGAAGUUCUUCUUCAUCUUCCUCUUCAGACUAAAGAUGUCACAUCAGCCAUGGCUGAGGCGAGGUUUGAUGACGCAGUGAAACUCAGGGGAAAGUGAGGCAUGCACUUUUGUGUUAUCCUCAUAAAAUGUUGAGUGUUGGAUUCAUUUUCAAAAUGUCAGUGUAUUUCUGCUUAUUUUUGACUGUAGGAGCUUUGAGAACAACUGGAACACGUACAAAAUGCUGGCUCAUGUGCACCUCCCAGAUGCAAAGGUCAGGACCUACACUGUACAUCAGACUGUCUGGAACAGUCAAUAAGUUCCUGUUAAAGACAAAUGUUUGCAUUAAUGUGUCUGUUCCAGAGUAACAUCAACAUUGCCAUAUUGAAUGUCGGAGCUCCUUGUGCUGGAAUGAACGCUGCUGUUCGUUCAGCUGUCAGAAUCGGGAUUCUACAGGGUCACCAGAUGCUGGCAGUACAUGACGGCUUUGAUGGCUUGGCUCAUGGAAUGGUGAAUUAUCAUUAUACUCAUAGAAACCAACAUUACAACCUGUGCUUUCGUGACAAUGAGCUAUUUUCUUUUACUAGAAAUGCAUAGCAAUGAGCAUAACAAAGCCUGCAUUGGUUUCUGCACAGAUUGAACCUAUUGGCUGGUCUGGUGUGGCCGGAUGGACUGGAAAGGGGGGCUCCAUGCUUGGCACAAAGAGGUGAAUCGAAAUCAUCUUUUGUUUUGAAGUUGUUAGAGUGCAUGUUUUAGUGGUUGGUGGCACUGUGAUUCAGUGUUUUAUUUAUUUAUUUAUUUUAAAGAGCCCUGCCAAAUGAGUUCAUGGAAGAGAUCAGUCUGAGCAUCACAAAGUUCAACAUUCAUGCUGUUGUGAUUAUUGGAGGCUUUGAGGUGAGCAGCUAAUGUAUGACUAAAAUUGCAGUCUGAAGUUAAAAGCAGAAGAAGAAGAACUUUAUUGAUCCCUGAGGGGAAAUACAAGCAGGUACAUUACUGUGAAGUCAUUAAUCGCAUUUUUUUCUGAUUUCUUCUUUCGUCGCUCUGCUCCUCAGGCAUUUGUUGGUGGUCUGCAGAUGGUGCAGGCUAGACAAAAGUAUGAGGAACUGUGUAUUCCCCUUGUUGUGAUUCCUGCUACUGUCUCCAAUAAUGUCCCUGGAUCUGACUUCAGUAUUGGCGCUGAUACUGCCCUUAAUACCAUAACCAUGGUAAAACUCUUGUGCAACAAGUAACAGGGGGUAGACAAUCUUAGAUUACAUGAUAUAUCUAUGUGUUCCUCAAUAUGUAUGUUUAUUUAUUCCUCUUCUGUCAGACAUGUGACAGGAUCAAACAAUCUGCUGCUGGCACCAAGAGAAGGGUGUUCAUCGUUGAAACUAUGGGAGGUUACUGUGGGUACCUGGCCACCAUGGCUGGUUUAGCAUCUGGAGCUGAUGCUGCUUACAUUUAUGAGGAGCCUUUCAACAUUCAUGAUCUUGAGGUCAGUUCUCAAAAUAGUUCAAUGUAGUGGAGGUGAUGACAUAGACCUGUAAAGGAUGGUGUUAUAAUAGUUUAUUUGUGUGCAGGUGAAUGUGGAACAUCUGGUGGAGAAGAUGAAGACCACAGUAAAGAGAGGACUCAUUCUGAGGUUUUCAGGAAUAUAUGUCAUUUAUUAUUCUAUUCUUCCCUUCAGCUCAUUGUGGCUUCAUAUUCACUUAGUAUAUCCAUGUCUCUUUCAGAAAUGAGAAAUCCAACGCCCACUAUACUACAGACUUCAUCUUCAACUUGUAUACAGAAGAGGGCAAGGGUGUGUUUGACUGCAGAAAGAACGUGCUGGGGCACAUGCAGCAGGUGUGCACCUAGCUAUAGAUUUUCUCUUUGUUGUGCACAACAUCUUUGUUUUCAUUUGCCUCCAGAUGAGAAGACAGUGGACACACAUAACAACACCUAUCUUUUCUUCCAGGGUGGAGUACCCAGUCCCUUCGACAGGAAUUUUGGCACAAAGAUGGGGAUGAAAUCUGUCUUGUGGUUGACUGACAAGCUGAAGGAAUGCUACAGACAUGGUGAGGACUUGAUCACUCUGAAAAACAUUUUACACAACUAUAACACGAUGGCUUCCCGCUUUCCUUCUUAUAAUAAAAAAUGUAUUGUUUUAUUUACAUUUAAAUUAAAUGUUGUACUACCUUCCUCAAACCCACAGGACGCAUCUUUGCCAACUCUCCAGACUCAGCCUGUGUGCUGGGCAUGAAGAAGAGAUCUCUGGUCUUCCAGCCUUUGGCAGAGCUACAAGAACUCACUGACUUUGAGUAAGACCGAACUUUUAUCCUGUUGGUUUUUUUUCUUGUCCAAUACUCUCUUUUUAUGGGUUUUUCAUGUAGUUUCUCUGACUAACUGGGGCAAAGUGAGGGUAGAUAAUAUGUAAAUAUGUUGACGGAUUACAAGAAAGAGUAAAAUAGUAUGGCACUGCUGGACAGGACUACUUUCAAAGAUAAAAUAGCAAAUUUUAUCACUUAUCUGAAUAUCUGAAUAAUGACAGCUGGCAUUAGUAUUCAACCAUCUUUAGGAUAACAUAACAUAACAUAACAUAACAUAACAUAAUACAACAUACCAUAACAUGACACAAUACAACAUGACAUCUAUGUCUUUCACAGUGUCACUAAACGCAAUGUUAAUGUUAGCAAUGAGAGGUGGUCGAAUCUUCUGUUGUUUUUACUGUCUCCCUUGAACUGAGUAUCUUUGUCCUCCACAGACACCGUAUUCCAAAGAUGCAGUGGUGGCUAAAGCUGAGGCCCAUCCUGAAGAUUCUGGCCAAGUACAAGAUCAAUCUGGACACCUCUGAGAAGGCUGCGAUGGAGCAUAUCAUAAAGAAGAGGGGCAUAGUUCCUGAGUAGUUACUCAAUGUGACAAUAGUGCAAAAGCACUUUAACUCAUUUUUGACAGGUGCAAUAUUAAUAAAGAUGAAAACUGACAAAAAGA